ACGGCGCGGCGCCGCGGGGGAGGGGAGCGCUGGGCGCUGAUGCAAGAGCCGGGCAACGGCUGAGUUGAGACCCCGCGCGCUUCGCCGCUCCGCCGCAGCCAUGUCGGGCGACGAGAUGAUUUUCGAUCCUACUAUGAGCAAGAAGAAGAAGAAAAAGAAGAAGCCUUUUAUGCUGGAUGAAGAAGGAGGGGAUACACAAGCAGAAGAGACUCAGCAAUCAGAAACAAAAGAAGUUGAACCAGAGCCAGCAGAGGACAAAGAUGUGGAAGCAGAUGAAGAAGACAGCAGGAAGAAAGAUGCAACAGAUGACCUGGAUGAUUUAAACUUCUUCAAUCAAAAGAAAAAGAAGAAAAAAACAAAAAAGAUAUUUGAUAUAGAUGAAGCAGAAGAAGGCGUAAAGGACUUAAAAAUUGAGGGAGAUGUACCAGAGACAGUAGAACCUGAAGAUGACCUUGAUAUCAUGCUGGGCAAUAAAAAGAAGAAGAAGAAGAAUGUAAAGUUUCCAGAUGAAGAUGAAAUAAUGGAGAAGGAUGAAGCCUUUGAAGAUGAAGAUAGCAAAAAAGAUGAUGGAAUUUCUUUUAGCCUUCAGUCAGGACCUGCGUGGGCAGGCUCAGAAAGGGACUACACAUAUGAUGAGUUGCUCAACAGAGUAUUUAACAUCAUGCGAGAAAAGAAUCCAGAUAUGGUAGCUGGAGAAAAAAGAAAAUUUGUCAUGAAGCCUCCGCAGGUUGUAAGAGUAGGGACCAAGAAAACAUCUUUUGUCAACUUUACAGAUAUCUGCAAAUUAUUACAUCGUCAGCCAAAACAUCUCCUGGCGUUUUUGUUGGCAGAAUUGGGUACAAGUGGCUCAAUAGAUGGUAACAACCAACUUGUAAUCAAAGGAAGAUUCCAGCAAAAACAGAUAGAAAAUGUCUUGAGAAGAUAUAUCAAGGAGUAUGUCACCUGUCAUACAUGUCGGUCACCAGACACAAUUCUACAGAAGGACACCAGAUUAUAUUUCUUGCAGUGUGAGACCUGCCACUCUCGCUGCUCCGUCGCCAGCAUCAAAACUGGUUUCCAGGCUGUCACAGGCAAGAGAGCACAGCUCCGUGCCAAAGCUAACUAGUUUGCUAAUCAACACUGGAUUUUGCAAAAUGUUCUGGGGAGAUAUGACUGGACAGGUUUACAAUCGGAAUGGAUUUACCAUUAUAUUAAAACAAGAUUGUAAAAACUAUGAGAAAUUUGGCUUUUGAUUGAUUGGUCUGUGAAAUCCUUGCAAGAUGCAGAUCCUCAAGCUGUUCACAUACAUUUGCUCAUUGAAUAUAUUUUACCAACUAUAAGGAACGUGAUGGGAAAGGAGGUGCUUUUUAAUCCGUUCAGACUUCUGUAAAACACGAGAUAAAUUAAAGAUACCGUAACAGUGAGUUUCUUUUGAUUUGAAUUUUUCCUUCAGUUUCCUCUUUAAACAGUUCAUGGGAAUGGUUGGUGUGUUGUUCUGCAGAUCAUGAACUAUGUCCAAAGACCCAGAAUAAAGUUUAAAAAGAUGUUAUUUUGCUUUGCAUAACAAGCUUAUUUUAGGGAGGUUAUCACUAAACAGAACAGAGAUAUCAUAUCAACAUGAGAACUGCUCAUGCUUCUUUAGCCACAUUAGUGUAAGAAAGCAUUUUGCACAGAAAGUGGCAUCAGGACUUACUGCUUAAUUAUGGAGAACAUAACUUUGGGAUAGUUCGGACAUCAUACUGAUGCUGAAUUUUAACAUAGAAUUAAUAAAUCGUAAGCUUGCAUAACGUCAUAGUACUAAAUUUUGCAAUGUAUUAUAGAGAUUUUUUUCUUAAAUUCUGCACUCUUCACCACUUUUAAAAAAUAACUAAUUAAAUGCAGCAAAACCCAGAAAGGAUACAGUUAACAUCAUUAUGUGGUGGCUCUAAUGCACUGUCUUAUAUCAAUCUUGAAUUUAGAGAAGAUACUGCCUAGUAGUUUGAGUUGCAAAUCAACAAAUUGAUGCUUCUUGAUACAGAACAUGCACUUCUUUCCACUAGUGGUCAGUAUUGGUGGUCUCUAGGGGACACACACAGUGCUGUCCUAACUAGCUUUUAAAGUGCUGUAGAACUUUUAUUACACUGCAAAGUACAGAGAUGGACGUGGGGAGUGUACUCCCUCUAGAGUACUGUACUGGGGAACUGAUUUAAUGAAAACUUUCUUCUAUCUCUAAAAUGGCACAGGGUCAGCAUAAGAUGUAAUAACUCAGGAGCCCUGACACCCAUUCCUGCAGAAUAGAGGUUGAUUGAGAAAACCAGAGUAGCCUACUCCCGGGAGAAACUGGUGGUUUUUCUGAGUUUGAUUCAUCUGAUAUCAGAAACUGAAGUGUUUCUAUUGAAUUUUAAUCUCUAUUUGUAUGUAUGUUAAUACAGAACAUGGUUUUGCUGGGAAGUCACUCACUUGCUUUUUGAAAAUCUGACGGCACUGUAAGGUUGAAGUCAAGGUUUUGUAGUUGGUUUCUUUAAAGCAUUUUGAAUCUCAAGUGAGCUAUAAUAAAUGUUGGAUGUAUCUUUUAAGUGAAUAAAGCCAGGAUCAGUGCCUCUUGUAAUAUUAUUGUGGCAUCCUUGUUUUUUCUCUAGCAAAUAGAGCAAGGCAUUCUCCUGUUGGAAGUGAGAGAAGUACUAGUUGAGUCUGGGAGCUAACAAAGAGCACGAUAAUGCAGAUGGAUUGAUUUCCUCUGUGGAAUCUCUUGCCGUAUGUGAGAUGGUUUUCUUGCAUCUUAACUAAAUGAUCUAAGCUAUUGCAGGUCUGCUGCUUUCCAGCAGUAAAGGUAUAACACAUCUUUCAGCCCAGCCCCCCACAGAGAAGACUCUUUUGAGAGUUGCUUGUCAGUAGAGGCCAAGAGCUGUGAAGAGGGACUCUUCUUGUCAAUCAACUUCGGAUAUGCUGAUAUCCUUGUAACAAUAAUCAUCUCUCUAACUCACCUCAGCCAGGUAAAUACUUUUAUCUCCAUUUCAUAGAUGGAGGAUUGGAGCACAAGAGUUAGCUGACCUUGCUUGAGUCACCUAAAUAAUCAUUACACCGAAAGAGAUUUAGUUCCCUGGUCCGCUAUAGAAGCAGUGGGAUCAGCUACCUUAGAGGUGGUCAUGGCUCUGUUCUGCAGAAAUAACUGUUUACAUUACCCUUGUGAAAGUUAGUUGGACUAAACUUUUCAUGGGAGCUUCUAGCCAGAAUAAGGAUUUAAUCAAAGCAGUAAUAUUUUUUUAAAACCUGAAUUGGUAUAAAGAAUGAGGGAGAAGCACUUAUAUAAAAGUUUUCAUUGAGAAUGGGAGAUUUCUGGUUAGUAUUAUGCAUAGAUCACCAUGCCUUGUUCUUGAUUCACGUAUAUAUACUCUUGUCAUAAAACCCCUAGUUUGUGUCAGUUAUGGGCCUACUUGACAGGAUAACUUGGUCAUCUAAGAUGGUAAGCAGGGAGAAGAAAAUGGACUUUCAAGACUUGCUGCUGGAAAGUGAAAGUGUAUGAUAAAACAUGGUGGAGGGGUAGGGAAAUAACAACAGAAGGAAAGCUCUGAAAGUCAAGAGAAUAUGAAGUUGAGUAUGAUACUGACAUCUAGAUUCACUAAAAUGUGUCUGUAAUGUUUAACAUUUCUCCAGCUAUCUGAGCAACUGAGCCUCUCUCCUCAGACUUUUUCCCCAGAAACUUAUUCCGGAUUAUGAGACUAAUUGAAGAGCAUCCAAGAAAGAGGGGGGCCUAGCACAUGAGAAUGAAUGCAUUGAAGGCAGAAGUUUAGGAGAAAACAGAAUCUGUGCAGGAAUUUAUCAACUUACUAAACUGCAAAACCACACUGGCUUCCAAAAUAAUUGCUUGCUUUUCUAUUUUGAAAUUAUUUUAACUAUGGUAAAGUUUAGUCCUGUGUUGUUGGAGUAGCAGGUCGUGGCUCACGCUGAGUAUAAUUUUCUGUAGCUUCCUGUUUGACUGUAAAGUAUUGACAAACAGCUAUUCUCUCAAUAUGUUUUUACUGCAACUACUACAAUGCAAAUACUUCCCUGAAGAACAUUGUUCUUGUUCCAGGUUCCCAUCUGUCACCUGCAGGAAAGACUCUUCUCGAAUGGCUCCACUUUGGCUUAGUGGCUAAAGUGAUUUUGGAUAAGCCAGCAGAUUAUGUGGCAGAGAAGGGAGCACAACUCCAUGUGUGUCCUUUCCAUCAGUAUAUCAUCAAAUGCAGUAAGUUGAUGGAGAAGAAAGGCAUUUUUGAGAGGAGAAAGAAAAAGGCUUUUGAAGAAAGGUAUUACUGAAAUUGCAGGAGUGCUAAGAAGGAACAGGUUCUAGGUGUCGUGCUGGACUUUAACAAGCACCACCUCAUUUGUAAAAGCCUUUUGAAGUGACCCCACCCAAUUCUAGCCUCACGGCCAAGAAAUCCGUUUUUUCCAGCUCUUUCUGUAGUGAAUAAAGGUGGGGGAGAUGCCUCCAGAGGCAAUUCAGCCAACCUCUUCCGCUUUAGAGCCUAGGGAAACUGCUGCUAUUGUAUGAGCUUCACCACAGCUUAAUGUAGAUGAGGUACAUACCUAUGUCCAUAUAUUUAUGUAUGAUACAUAUGUAAAUAUAUAUAAGUAUGUACACACAUAUAUGCAUGUUCUUAUAUACUCUAAGAGAAUAUGGGUGAAGCUGGACUGUUAGACUGUAGUCUCUGUCUCAAAACGGAGGUAGCAAUAUACUGAUUUAUAUGGAAGUAGAUAUUAAUACUGGCCCUGGAAAAAUAUCCCUGCCACAUAGACUUGAGGAAUCUACUUUUCUUUGCAGGAUGAAAAUACUUUGUUGUUUCCUUUCUACUUAGAGUGCAGUACAAGGCUCAUUUGUUGCUGUGUAAGCUUGCUGUUCAUCCUUUUUCCUUUUUACAUGUUGUAAACAACUGCAUAUUUUUAAAAUUCAGCAAUACUAAUUUCACAUCUGUGUUAUAUUUCUGCUGUUUAUCCAGUGGAAAUGUAUGGUUGCUUCCCUGUUCAGCCUGUUGCAUUUUCCAUAGUGAGCGUGUAUGGGAUUUGAGAGACUUCGGAUUUUCUGUCGUAAAAGCAGCUUCCUUGAAUGUUUUUAGCUUUCUCUUACACUGAAUUACCUUGUAUUGGCUCUAACAACUGAAUCACGAAGACCUGUGGACUCUUUCAGACUGUUGAAGGUCUAUCAGCUCUGACAUAGGAGAGGGGAAAAAGGUAACAGCAAAGAAAACUAAUGCCGAUUCUUACAGCUGUGACAUACAGUUUCUGCGUAAGGUUGGAAGCAGCAAAAAAUCUGUAUUUUUUGAAGUCCUUUCUCCUUUAAGGCCUUACUUAUUUCUAUAUUAAAGCAAGUUAGUUUUAACCUUU